AUGCUGAGUGACGAUGCCAUUGCACACUUGAGCCGCGAAGAGCUCGUGGAACACCUGCACAAGGUCCAAGAAUUGCUUGCCCGCGGCAACAGCCUAACGCCAGAGGAGCGGCGCCUCUGGAAGCCACCGCCGCAAUCACAACAGCAGCAUCCCGUUCCACGAGCUGGGCGAAAUAACAGCUCCUUUCAGGUGGAACCGCAUGUCUUCGUCGAGAGCGUCAGUUCGCCUCAUACCAGUCCACGGAGAUUCAAGCGGGUGUGGCGAGUGGGCGACGAGGCCGGCCCCGUGUCGGGCGCGCGUUUUUCCAUCACGUCACAGGAUGAGUUUAGCAUCGGCAACACGCACAGCGGUGACACCGCCUCCUUGAUCAGCCUCCUCAGUGAGAUGGCGGGCGUGCAGGCGACGACGCUGCCAGACGCCAUCCCUGUCGCAAGCACGGGGGUGCCUCUCUCGCAGAGAUCGCAGGAACGGGCUUCCUUCUCAGUCAGCACCACCAGCUUCCUGCCGCAGCGUCCUGCGAGGGUGACAGACAAGGCUUCUCUGGCUCGCAACGAACAAGGCGUCAAGUGCAUCAAUCACUACCAGAUAAUCAAGGAAUUAGGUAGGGGGACGUGCGGGAAAGUUCAGCUGGCCUACGACACGGAAAAUGAAAUGCUAGUGGCCAUCAAACAUGUGAAGCGUGUUGACACCCAACUUCGAAUUGGUGGGCAGACGAAUGCCCAGAUGCAGUUCACCGCGCUGCAGCGCGAGAUUGCGGUGAUGAAAAGGCUACGGCACAAAAAUAUUGUCCCACUGUAUGAGGUGAUUGACGACCCGGAUGCAAAAAGACUCUACCUUGUGAUGAUGUUCAUAGACAAGGGGCCGAUCGGCCGUGUUAACUGCACCCCAACCGGGAGUGCGGACGAGCAGGUCUGCACGCCCAUUCCCAAGGACGAGUUGGCGUGGUACGCCCGACAAAUUCUUGCCGGUCUUGAGUACCUGCACAAGCACAAAAUUGUGCAUCGAGACAUCAAACCGGAAAAU